AGUUUCAUUUGCGUCACCGCAGCGCGUAAACGCGUCCGUGGAUUUAAAAAAAAGUUAUAUACAGCCUAUUUUUUCUGCACCAAAAGAGAAUAAUAACUGAACAAUAUGCCGGAUGAAUCGCAAGUGCGUGCUUUUUACUCUGGCAAGAAUUUCUUCAUAACUGGCAGUACGGGGUUUGUGGGAUUAUGUCUAAUAGAGAAGAUAUUGAGGACAAUCCCAGACGUCGGCAAACUCUACUUGCUUAUGAGACCGAAAAAAGGAAAAGAUAUUGUGGAAAGACUGGACGAGUUCCCUAAACAUCUGGUAUUUGAAAAAUUAAUAGAACAAAAAACUAUUGACAUAUUCCACAAACUCGUCCCUGUUGCUGGCGAUGUUGGCGAAGAGAAUCUCGGUCUCAGUCCAGAAGACAAAAAAACGCUUCUUGAAAAUGUGAAUGUAGUCGUACACUCUGCUGCCACACUUGAUUUCCAAGACAAUUUGCGACCAACCAUUAAAAUCAAUCUACUGGGAACUAGAAGAGUUAUGGAACUGUGUAAAGAAAUGAAAAACUUAAAGGUGAUGAUCCAUGUUUCUUCAGCUUAUGUCAAUUCAUAUUUAACAGAAGCACAUGAAAAAGUGUAUGAAGCUCCUGAGGAUGCAGAAAAAAUUAUAUCUUUAGUCAGUACACUCUCCGAUGAGGCUUUAGAUGAAAUAGAACCAAAGGUAUUAAAGGAUCAUCCUAAUACGUAUACAUUCACCAAACAUCUUGCCGAACAUGAAGUAAAAAAAUGUUCUGACUUGUUCCCUUGUACUAUAGUCAGACCUACUAUGAUUGUGGGGUCAUGGAAGGAACCGGUUCCUGGUUGGACGUGUUCGAAAGUUGGUCCUCAAGGGUUCCUUAUGGGUGCGAGUAAAGGCGUGGUCAGAAGAUUGCCGCUUUCAAAGGAUAACAUUGCCGACUAUAUUCCAGUGGAUGUGGUUGUGAACGAACUACUGGUCGCUGGAUGGCAUACCGCUAAAUCUAAGUCUGGCUUGACCGUAUAUCACUGUUCCUCGUCCACUUGUAGACCGUUCCGUUGGUCCAGUUUAGAGCAUACUAUCAAUAAAAAGUUACAUAUGUAUCCAUUGAAGAGUGCAGUAUGGUAUCCAUAUCUUGCAUUUAAUUCGUCCCUAUUGAGUUUUCGUCUGUCGGCCAUAUUUAUACAUUUCUUCCCAGCAAUUUUAUUGGAUUUACUACUGAAGUUAACUGGAGGUCGACCCAUAUUAUGGCGUUUGAAUCGUAACGUAUGGAAUUCGUUGAACCGUCUAGAGAAGUUCAUAUUCUCCGAGUGGUUGUUCCACAAUCCAAACACUCUAGAUCUAUGCAAAAAACUGAACAAAACGGACAGUGAAUUGUUUUAUAUUGAUAUUUCCACUUUGGACUGGGAAGAUUUCUUUACGAAUCUUCAAAAAGGUGUCAGAAGAUACCUGAACAACGAGAAGGAAUCUACUCUAGCGGCCGCUAGGAAGAAGCAGACCAAAUUAUUCAUCUUCCAUAUGAUUUGGCAAGCAGGUAUUAUCUUACUACUCUGGUACUUCGCUGCCUGCCUCAUGGGACUCACUAUGAUGAAAAGUGCGUGGGCAGUGCCCGGCAUCUACAUAUUAUACACGUGUUUGUAAUAACAAACUUUAAGAGCCAAGUAAUAGAGAUCAAAUUUAUAAUCAAAGUUAAAUACCCUCAUGUGACUUUUUUUAGUAGAAUAUCAGUUCAAAGUUUUUUUUUUACAAAACAAUAUAUUUGAUUUAAUUUGUACGUAUUUCAGUAGUUGCAUUCCUUGUAUUGAAAAUUGGUUUAAUUAAAAAAAAUUACAAAAUAUGUGACUGAUUCUAUUUUUUUAAUUAUAAAAUUUGUAUAGAUACGUUUAGCAUAUAAUGGGUGUUAAGAUAAUUAAGAUAUAAACCGUAUUUUAUGAAAAUUUUACAAUAUAGUAGUUAAGUUUUAUGCGAAUCGCGGGUAUUUCAAUGGAUAUAAUUCAACAUUUAUACAACUGUUAUUUUUUAGAUUAACCUUAAGCAUAUUUAAAAUGACACAUGCUAUUAGUUUGUAAGGGAAAUAAAGUACUUUUUUU